AUGGAACAACAACUGCUAGUUGCAAAGUCUGAGAACUCUCGGCUUAACGCUCAGCUCACUGAAAUGGUCAAAAUCCACGAGACAGAAAUGGCAAAAGAGAGACUUGAGACGGAAAAGUAUCGAAUGAGGUUCGAAAGGCUUACUGAAGACCACAGUAAACUGAGCAAGUUAAACGCCGAACUUGAAGAAAAAUUGCUAACAGCGGUAGAAUCUCUUCAAACAGAAAAGGCCUUACUGUUAGAUGAGUUAAAUACAUUGAAGAAAAAGUUUGCGGAGGCAGAAAAACGAAUAAAGGACCUUACCGUGGAGUGUGAAACUUACAAGAAGGAUUGCAGGGUGGCUGCCGAACUCCUUCAUGCUGAUCCCAGCCAAUUUCUUCCCAUCAAUGUUGGAAACUCUUCGUCAACAAGCUGUUUCUGGUUGCACUUCGCACACAACUUUUUGUCCAACUUGGUCAAGUUCGAUUGCAUGAAGCGCAAACUUGUUAUCUUCAGUCACCGACCGCAUCUGAACUCUGCGUCUUCAGACGACCCCUUGUUACCGACUCCCGCCCACUACCUCCUUCCCACCACCUUCCCGCCCAUCGCCCUUUACUCCUCGGAACCGCUCAACCCACCACCUCGUGAUAACAAAGGCGAUCUCCAACUAACUGUUUUAAAGCGCAAUGAUCCCAUUCUUGAGAUUUAG